AUGCAGCAAACGGGAUGGGCUGUUGCUCCAGCCACCAGCAAUGAUGACCUGAGAAGUGAGCCUGUCAUUGAGGACAUGGGGGUCCGUGCAGACGUACCGGCCCUCUCAAUGGAAGAGAUAGCAACUCUUGCAGUUUCAGAUGCAUCCAUUCUUGCACCAGAGGUGUUUACGGGAGACGAUGGCUUCAAAGCCGAGCUUGAGGUUACUCCCGAGGAGAGAAAGAGCCGUAGUGUCGUGGAUUUGUAUUAG